AUGCUCGCGAGCGACCUGCGCCUGGUGCGCAGCGCCUGCUCGCCGAAGAUCCUGGUGCCUCUGGUGAUGCACCUGUCCCAGGGCGCCCUGGCCUCCGCCUCCAGCGCUGCGAAGCGGAUGCUCGGGGCGCUGGAGCAGGUGCCAGACUCCUUGCUCUCACUGCCCGGCCCUCAGGGCAGAGACGGGGAGGUGGUUGGUGCGGAGACCGUAGAGGCGCUUGGGACCUUGAAGAAGUUCUUCACAGAGAAGGGCUUCGGCUUUAUCACACCCGAUGAGCCCGGUCAGUCGGACAUCUUCGCGCCUGCGCGGAAUUUGGUGGGCACGGAUGAGUCCAAGUGCCGGGAGGGCCUGCGGGUGACCUACGAGUCCGAGAUCGAGGCUCGCACCAACAAGCCCAAGGCGACGACCUGGAGCAUCCUGGAGGGCGUCAUUGCUGCCGCACUCCCACAGGCGCCAGGCGCGCUCGGCUAUGCCGGAGGCUACGGCGCUAUCGCCGCCAACGGCUAUGUCGACAUGCAGAGGUACUCCCCCUAUGGCGUCGCGGGGCUCCAGACAAUGCCGGCGAACUACGCUGUGCAAGGUGGGAUGCCCGGAGCCAUGGGAGUGCAGGGCACGAUGCCACAAGGCUACGUGCUGCAGGGCCAGCAAGGCAUGCAGAUGACACCCGCGGUGCCCGCUCUGCCGCCUGGCUGGGAGCAAGCCGUGGACCCCGCCACCGGCAAGGUCUACUAUGCAAACAGAGCAACGAGCGAGACCAGCUGGACACCCCCGCCAAUGCCCAUGAUGCAGAUGGCACCGCCUGAAAUGCAGGGCGCAAUGCCGGGUAGCAUGGGCGGGAUGCAGGGCAGCAUGGGCGGGAUGCAGGGAAGUAUGGGCGGGAUGCAGGGCGGAAUGCCAAUGCAGGGUGGAAUGCAGAUGCAGGGCGGAAUGCCGAUGCAGGGCGGCAUGCCAAUGCAGGGCGGAAUGCCAAUGCAAGGUGGAAUGCCAAUGCAAGGCGGGAUGCCUAUGCAGGGCGGAAUGCCAAUGCAGGGCGGAAUGCCGAUGCAAGGUGGAAUGCAGAUGCAAGGUGGUAUGCAAAUGCAAGGUGGAAUGCAGAUGCAAGGCUCAAUGCCUAUGCAAGGUGGAAUGCCCAUGCAAGGCUCCAUGCCUAUGCAAGGCUCGAUGCCUAUGCAAGGAGGCAUGCCUAUGCAAGGCGGCAUGCCAGGGACGAUGCAAGGUGCGAUGCCGGGCGGCAUGCCCGGUUGCGUGCCUGGAAGCAUAACAGGCAGCACGCCGGAAACACCGCAUCUGGCUUUGCCAGCGCCAACGGAACCUGAGCCAGCGGCCGCAAAUCCGACAGCAGCAGCGCCAGCGGCUGACACGCCGGCGGCAAUGGCGCCGGCGACAACCCCGGCAGCGGAAGCUCCGGCGGCAACGCCGGCGGCAACGCCGGCGGCAGAAGCACCUGCCACAACACCGGCCACUGCAGCAGCACCUGCGGCAGAAGCACCGGCGGCAACACCUGCGGCAGCACCGGCAGCAGAAGCGCCGGUGGCGGCUGCAGCAGCACCGGCGGCGGCACCGGCAGCAACAGCACCGGCGGCAGCCCCCGCAGCUGCAACUGCGUCACCCGCAGCAGCACCUGCGGCUGAGGCACAGCCGGCAGCGCAGCCGGCAGUGCAGCUUGCAGCGCAGCCCGCACCGCAGCCGGCAGCGCAGCCGGCAGUGCAGCUUGCAGCGCAGCCCGCACCGCAGCCUGCAGCGCAGCCGACGGCGGCGCUGCCAGCCGGCUGGGAGCAAGGGGCAGACCCAGGAACCGGAAAGACGUAUUACUACAACCGGGCGACUGGCCAGUCGAGCUGGACGGUUCCUCCCAGUUAG